AUGGGGGUAGAGCUCGGCGGCGCCAUCCUGCAAGCCGCGUCUGAUAAUCGCCCUGAUUACACGGCAGGACGGCCAGGGAAGGCCGCCGCCAGCGCCACCGUCCCGCUGGCUGAGCCAGAACAAUUUGUGGAGAAGUCAUCCUGCGCCCAGCCCCUGGGCGAACUCACCAGCCUGGAUGCUCACGGGGAGUUUGGCGGCAGCGGAGGCGGUGGCGGCAGCCCCGCGUCCUCCUCGCUGUGCACCGAGCCUCUGAUCCCCACCACCCCCAUCAUCCCCAGCGAGGAAAUGGCUAAAAUCGCCUGCAGCCUGGAGACCAAGGAGCUCUGGGACAAAUUCCACGAGCUGGGCACAGAGAUGAUCAUCACCAAGUCUGGCAGGAGGAUGUUCCCUACUAUCCGCGUGUCGUUUUCCGGCGUGGAUCCCGAGGCCAAGUACAUAGUCCUGAUGGACAUCGUGCCCGUGGACAACAAGAGGUACCGCUACGCCUACCACCGCUCCUCCUGGCUGGUGGCUGGCAAGGCGGACCCACCACUGCCGGCCAGGCUGUAUGUCCACCCAGACUCCCCUUUUACUGGUGAGCAGCUACUCAAACAGAUGGUGUCCUUUGAAAAGGUGAAGCUCACCAACAAUGAACUGGAUCAACAUGGCCAUAUCAUUUUGAACUCGAUGCAUAAGUACCAGCCUCGGGUGCACAUCAUUAAGAAGAAAGACCACACGGCCUCGCUGCUCAAUCUGAAGUCUGAAGAAUUCAGGACGUUCAUCUUCCCAGAGACAGUUUUUACGGCAGUCACUGCCUACCAGAAUCAACUGAUAACCAAGCUGAAAAUAGACAGCAACCCCUUCGCCAAAGGAUUUCGGGACUCCUCCAGGCUCACUGACAUCGAGAGGGAGAGCGUGGAGAGCCUCAUUCAGAAGCAUUCCUACGCCCGCUCCCCCAUCCGCACCUACGGAGAAGAGGAUGUGCUGGGGGACGAGGUACAGACGGCACAGACCCGAGGGUCAGCCUUUACCACAUCCGACAACUUGUCUCUCAGCUCCUGGGUGUCCUCUUCAUCCAGUUUCCCUGGAUUUCAGCACCCACAGUCCCUGACUGCUCUGGGCACCAGCACAGCGUCCAUAGCAACGCCCAUUCCUCACCCCAUCCAGGGCUCUCUGCCGCCAUACAGCCGCCUGGGGAUGCCUCUGACCCCCUCGGCCCUUGCCAGCUCCAUGCAGGGGAGCGGCCCCACCUUCCCCUCCUUCCACAUGCCCCGGUACCACCACUACUUCCAGCAGGGCCCCUACGCCGCCAUCCAGGGACUGCGCCACUCCUCCGCCGUGAUGACGCCUUUCGUAUGACUCUUCCGAAAGCAGGAGAAUCCCAACCCAGAAUGUGCCAGUGGGUAUGGA